GUGAGUCCAUAUAUUUCUCCAAUAGUAUUAAAAUACGAGUACAUCAAACAUGUUUUCCAACACUGCCACAAAAUGUAUUGGACCUAUAUCAAUAAGUGGGCCUUGAUUUCCCAGCUUAUGAUGGCUUAGGUUUCAUUGUAAAUGGUGAAACAGGCCUUCCUAGUGAGGAUGCAGGUCAUCAAUAGCAAGGUUUACCAACGGAGGUUUAAUCCUCAUGAAGUGAUGAAGAAGAUGUCGAAGAGUUGGAGUUUGAGAAGAGAUGUUUGGAAAGGUAUUCUAAGAAGGAUGCAGAGGAUGAUAAUGAGAUUGAUGAUGUUAACGACGUUGAUCAACAAGCGCUUUUGCCAUCAGAUAUCUCAACAGACAGGACAAAAGUUUAAGGUUAAUGAUCUUUUAUCAAAUUCAAUCAAUAAUCAGUCUCCGAAAUCUUAG